AUGAACAUUGAAGAAAUAGCACAAAAAGGUGUUUCAUUAGCGUUUGAAAGAAAAAUGAAAUUACAAGAAGUUGUAGAAAUAAAUUUUCAAUUUAGUGAAUAUAUUAUAUCAAAUCCAGAAGAAAAGGCAAGAUUAAUUAAUCUUAUUAUUUCAGAUGUUAGUAAAACAGUUAAAAAACUCAUUGAACCUUUUUAUUUAAAAGGAGAACAUAUUCAUGAAUUAAUUGCAUGGAUUAAAGAUGUUAAAAAACAAUUUGAACAAGCACAAGAUAAUAUUAAAGGAAUGUUUUGUAUAUUAUCAGAUCAAAGAAGAUUAAGAGUUGGUAUUUCAUUUGAAAAAGAAUUAAAGAAAUGUUGGGGAGAGAGUGUUAUUAAAGAACUAGAGAAAACAGAUAUUAUUGAAUGGUUAAAAAAGCAAUUAAAAGAGAUUAAAGAAAAAGACAAAAGUUAUCCAUCUGCUAUUGGAGAAUUAAUUUAUUUUUUAAAAGAAGUAAUAAGUUGGCAAUUUGGAGAAAAAGUUAGAGAGAAGUUAAAUGAAUAUAUAAGAAAUGAUUUUAACAAUGAUUUUAAUGAAGCAAGACAAAGUGGUGAAUAUAUUAAGAAAAUUAAUGAGUUAAUGAAAAAAGAAAAUAAAGUAUUACAAACACUAUUAAAGGAAGAUGAAGUUACAUUAAGAAAAGAAAUGAAUAACAAAUUUGUAUUUAUUGAAGAAGUCAUUUGUGGAUUAAAGAAAUAUUUUGAACAUUCUGACAUUCAUGGAAUAAAGCAGAGUCUUCAACUAUUACAUCUAGUUUCAUUGAAAGAAGAUAUUAUUAAUAGUUUUAAGUCUCUUUGUAAUAGUGGAAGUAAACAAUAUAUUAAAAAAUUAUUUGAUUGCUUUAAAGAAUUUAAUGCAGAAAAAGUAUGUGAAACAAUAAUGAUAUUUGAUGAGAUUCAAUCUGAUAGUAUUUAUGGAGAGUCUAUUAUAAGUGGAUUAAAAGAAGGUAUUGCUUCUUCUGAUUGUCUUCUUAAAAAUGGUGAUACUAUUCAUGUUAUAAUGACUAAAUAUGCUUUUCAAAUUAUAGAUAAUUUUAAUGAAACAAAAAUUAUUCAAUUUAUGAAAUCACUUAUUCUUCUUCCUUCUAGAGAUAUUUUUGAAAGUUUAUUCUGGAAAACUCUCUAUGGAAAAAUUGUUUCAGGAAAAAUAAAAAGUAUUGAUACAAUAAAUGUUUUUGUUAAUUAUCUUAAACAAUAUUUUGGAAAUUCUACCAUUUCAAGAAUAUCAAGUCUUAUCCAAGACUAUAUCACUUCAUUAGAAUUAGUUAAACAAUUUAAAGAAAAGAAUAAGUUAAGUGUUGAACAGAAAAUAAAAUUUGAUGUUAUUGUAUUUGGAUUACCUCAACAUGAAAUCAAUUCUAUUGUUCAUUUACCUCCUUCAUUAGAUACUAUUUUCCAACCAUUUAAACAAUUUUAUUUAGAAAAAUUUCCAAGUAGAAGAAUUAGUAUUCAACCAGAACAUUCAUUAUGUGUAGUAUCAUUUAGUUUUAAUAAUAAAACUUUAUUAUAUUGUACAACUAUUCAAUAUUGUAUAUUAUAUCAUUUUCAUUCAAAAUAUGAAUGUUGUAUUGAAGAAUUAUCAAAGUCAAUUGAAAAUAGAACUUUUUUAUUACAAGUAUGUGAUAAUCUUGUUGCUCAUGGAAUACUUAUUAAAACAGAAGAUACUUAUAAAAUAAAUAAUAAUUAUCAACCACAACAUACUGUUACUAAUAUUACUAAACUUAUUAAAACUACACCUCAAAUGAAAUUACUUGACAUUAAUGAAGAUGUAGAACAAAAACGAUCAAUUCAGCUACAAUGUUCAAUUAUUAAAAUAAUGAAAAGAGAAAGACAAAAACUUAUAUCAAAUUUAAUAAAUGAAGUUGUUAUUGAAGUUUCAAAUUCAUUUACCCCAACAAUAUUAAUGAUUAAAAAAUCAAUUGAGUAUUUAAUUCAAAAAGAGUAUUUAAAAAGAAAUGAAAAUAAUAGCUCAAUGAUUGUUUAUUUAGCUUAA